GAUGAAGAUAUUGUAGCUGCUUUUAAGCUUGUUAAUCCUACAAUUAAAUUACCAUCACGUCGCAAAUUAAAAAAUUUAGCUAAUUCAGAUGAUAAAAAAUUUCUAUUUGAUAUAGCUGAAAUUAUUAAUGACUCCACAUUUUGGACUGAUUUAAAAGAGUUAGAUGAAAUUCUUCUUCUAUUUUGUACAACUCUUAAUAAACUCCAAUGUGAAUCAGCACGCUUAUAUGAUAUUAUACAUGCAUAUGCAUGGAUAGAUAAAACUGUUCAAAAAAGACCUGAUUCACCAUUUUGCUCACAUAUGCUAUUAUCAGU